UAUUAGUUAUCUCCCUUAUCUAAAACUGAUUUUAUUUCCUGUUAUAGUCGCCAAAAUUAAAAAUAAUUAUUUAUAAAUUCGAUACAUUGUCACUGAGUCGAACAGAGAAAAAUUUACAGAAUGGUGAGAAAGCGUAGAAACAAUGCUUCAAGCAAGUCAUCAACUUCUUCACUGAGAAGCAAUAAAGGAAGAAAAGGAGGAACCCCAGAAGACUCUCCGAAAGCUAAGAUUGCAAAAUGUAGUACUUCAGUUUUGGAUGGGACUCCGCCCAAUGUUUAUGUUACAGAAACGGUUGAUCUUUAUAAAGUCAAGCCUGAAGAAUCAUCAGAUAAUGUAAUACAGGCUAAAUGCAACAGAGUUAUCCCCCUUAUUAUUGAUGACGAGGAUGAGAAAACUACGUUAUACCAGAAAAAAAUCCUCUCUAAGGGCUCAAAUGGUAGACAGAAACAUUCUUAUUCUGAAAUAUAUGUAUUUACCGACAAAUCGAUGGCAACUAAUAAAGAUCAAAGAAAUAAAGGUAAUUCAGCCAAUUUGGAUGAUUUGUCGUCAGUCAUUAGAUACUCUACUAAUGAAACAGGAAUUCAGGAGGAAUUACCGUCAUCCGUCAAAUCCAAAACCAUAUCAGAUGACAGGAAUUCAUUUGGUUUGUAUGGGAAAAAUAAAUGUUCACCAGGGAAAAAGAAAGAUUUUGACUUGUCUGGGAAAAGAAAACGUUCAUUUGGCAUGCAUGGGAAAAACCAAUGUAAACCGGUAUCCAGGAACUCUCAGAUGGAAACUGAAGAAAAAGAGAAGAUGGUUCCAUGUAAUUUUGUUUGCAAACUCUGUAGUUCAGAAUUUAGCGAUUCACAAACCUGCUUCAGUCACAUAAUAGAUAAUCAUACAACAAUUGCAACUAACAAAAAGUGUGUUUGCCAGAUUUGCUGGUCUUCGUUUACGUAUUCGCAUACGUUAAGAACUCAUGUUAUGAAUAAACAUGUUUAUUUAAAUUCUGAACAAGGGAAGUGUGAAGCAUCUUCAGCGAAAACUGAAAAAUUUGUCAUAGAAAUGGAUUAUGCUGAAGAUGUGAAACCAGUUAUUGAUAAGAAGGGAAAUGUAGUUGAAGUUGAUCAAAAAAUCAUUUCUCAAAAAAUUGGUGAUGAUGAAAAUGGAAAGAAUGUCAAAUCCUCAUGUUCAUUCAAUGAUUCCAAUUCAUCAAACCAAAGUGCUCUGAAGCCAUCUCCAAAAUUAAAAAAAAGAAUACGGCGUCGGACCACUGUUGUUAUUAAGCACAAAUGUGAAAAGUGUGAAAAAUGGAGUCCAAAGAAAUAUUUCAUAUUGAGACAUAUGAUUAUCCAUACAUCAGAAGAUAGGGUAAAAUGCAGACAGUUCUUGUGUCAAAUAUGUCGGAGGAAAAUGAAAAAUACACCUUCACUGAAAAGACAUUUACUAAAAAAACACAUUAUUACUGAGUAUCCACAAACAAUGCUCAAAAAAAAAUUACUUGAGAAAAUAAAUGUGAAUGAAAAGGAAAAACGUCCGACAAUGGGUGAUGUCCCUAUUAAAAGGGUCAUUAUGCGCUACAACUGUGAAUGUUGCAGUUUGAUUUUACAUUCCAAGCCUGCACUAAGCAAGCAUUCUUCAUCACAUAUACACUUGAUCAAUGGCAAAAAGCGGGACAAAGCGUAUAAAUGCGAAAAGUGUUCCAAAUUGUUCAAAACACUGAAGGAAGCUUGUGAUCAUUUUGAUGAGGAACACUUUUUGAUUAAUUGUUAUGCUCCUAGUCAUUUCAUGGUCGGUUCUAUUGCGCAGAACGAAGGAAAAAUCGACCCUGCGCUCCCUAAGGAACAGAUCAAUUAUUACUUUCAGUGUCAUGCAUGUUCUAAAAUAUUCCUCACAAGACAUGAUAUUACUACCCAUAUGUCUAUGUACACAAAAUAUGAUCUGGCCCUGGAUAAAUCCAAAUGUAAGCUUUGUGACAAUUCUUUUUCACUACCUAUAGAUGCCACACGUCAUAUGACAAAGCAUUUUUUAACAGUGGCCUACAAACAAACAAUCGUUUUUAAACAGAUUUCUGUUGAAUAAACAAAGUGGACAUGGGCAUAAUUCAAAAAGAUCUAGUUACAUUUGUCUUUCUUUAUAUUUCUUAACCAUGUUUGGUGGGGGGGGGGGGGGAUGGCCAAAUGGUUAGUAAGUGCACACUGUAUCAUAAGGUCUGUCAUGGAGUCAACUGGCGUGGUUUCGAUUCCCCGGUUGUACGUGACAAGGAGUAGGGCCAGCUGUCCAACCCGAUGGGUUUUCUCCGGGUCCUCCGAGGUUUCUUCCCACUGCUAAAGAUCCCUACUCGCAAGCGAAUUAUUGAAAUAAGAUUGAACCAUAUGUUAGUCUCGAAAUGACCUAGUUUGUGUCGAGUGGACGUUAAACCCCAUUUCUCUCUCUCUUUUAACCAUGUGUAGACAUUAAGAAUAUCAAAUUUUUUAAUAUGGUAUCAACAAAAUAGUUAUUUAUUGUCAACUUGAAGAUGUUAUCCAUAGAACUGUUGUGUUUAUUUUAAUGUGUUCAAUCUGUUCAAUUAAUCAUGAUCAAAAUUACAUGUUUUACAUCAUUUCACAAAUUAUACAUGUAUGUUCAUUAAAGCUUCAGCAUUCUGCUCACAGAGAACUAUCUACUCUACUUCGAGAAUAGAUCUCUGAUCUAAAUGGCCAUCAUAUCCAACAAUUUGUAUACUGUUUUGUAAUGCGAUGAUACUCAGUUUCACACGUCUGUCAUAAAUACAAAGACUAAAUAAACCUUAAUUUGAAGCAAAAUAAAUACUUUCCUCAGUUCGCGAAGUAUACAUUUUGUUUUCGACUAAAAUCGUCGAGUUAGGACUUAAAAUGUUGGUCAACUAGCAGACAGACAGCAUAAGUUUAGUAUGAAGCUUCAGUUGAUGAUAUAAUAUAUCUAAUUUUUUACAGUGUAAUCUGCGCUGAAAUUGUUUAUUUAACAUUUAGUUAAAGAAAAUAAAACCUAGAUUUUGUCAAGACUUGGAUUCAAAAUGGGCCCAAAAAAUUUUAGCCAGCACUUAUACAUGUACUUAAUCUCAUCUCAAUGUUGCAAAAUCUUCAAUUUAUCAUAACUUUGUUAAAGCUGCUGAUUUCACAUUUUUGGGACAAUGUUUAAUUUAAUUUUCAUGGUGUAGCUAAUUCAAGCUAAAAUAUAUCAAAAUCAAAAUACCACCAGUAGAUAAUCUCCAUACUUGAACAUUUGUAAGUAAUUAAGAAAACGAUAUCAAAUAUCAACCGCUUGGAUUCAGUAUACAAAGGUAUACAGACAACUCAUCCCAAAGACAACUCAUCCCAAGACAACUCAUCCCAAGACAACUCAUUCCAAUAUAAGACAACUAAUCCCAAGAUAAAAAGACAAAUCAUCCCAAGAUAAAACAACUCAUCCCAACUUUAAAACAUGGGUAAAGAUAUAAGACAACUUAUUCCAACAAAUAUAAGUGUUAGUUAUAUUUGUUUUAAUACAAUUGCUUUCUUUGAAGACCACUCAGAUCAAUCUGAUUUUGUUAUUAAAAAUGUGUUAUGAGUUAUGUUAAUAAAAUUGAUAUUGUUGUUUUAAUCAAAUUGAUAUUGUUGUUUUAAUCAAAUUGAUAUUGUUGUUUUAAGAAUAGGACGCUCUGUAUACUUAUCAUAGCAUACACGUUUCAAUUCCUUCUUUGAACCAUACAUGCGACUGAAAAUGUUGGCCCCAGUUGUGCUGAUUGUUUCCAUAUCAUUGUCCGAUAGAAAUUCGUCAGAAUAUGACAUUAUAUCCUUAUCUUUAUGUAUGAGUUUCAGUAUAGCUAAUAUCUUGGGAUGAGUUGUCUUUGGGAUGAGUUGUCAGGUAUUCAUUACAAAGAGGCCCUUCAAAGAUUUGAAUGGAAAUUAUAGCUGUUGAUGGCUUGUUCGAUCAUAUCCUGUUUAUAUUGUCGGCAGAGGAUGUUGUGUGUUGACAUAUUUUCAAUUCAUCAUAUCUUUGUAAAUACUGUACAAUUUUGGACGACUGAUAUUCCAUAUAGUAAUUCAAUAUUACAAUGUUUACAGGGGAUUAAACAUUCCACUAGUUUCAUUAGAUCAUUAUUUUAAACAUGGUCAUUAAAGGAACUAAAUCGCUAAUAUUUGGGACUUAGAUAUUGACAAGAAAUGGAUUGCAACAAAUAUGAUAAUGUAAUCUGAAUGUAUAUAAACUGAUUUAGAUCCAA